UUUGAAAAAAACCUAGGGGUGAUAUUCAUCGUUCAGCUUUCACUGAAAUACAGCAUUUAGAUUGAAAACCCAUCCUAGAAGGAACAUAUGCCUGCAGGUCAGAAUAUUUUGAGGUUUAACAGACAACCGACACCAUACUUUGCCACUGAGACAAGUUACAGCUUAUUCUUUCUGUAUAGAGUGUCUCUUUUUGCAAUGCCCUCCAUCCCUCAAGUGUAUUUAAACAGCGAUUAUUAGUCUCUCGCCCUGCACUCUCCACUUAGUUCUGAUCCUUCAGCUGUUCACCAUGGCUUUUUCCAUUUCUUUGGCCUCUUCCAGGAUGUCUGGUGGAUAUGGAGGAUUUGGUGCAAGUGGUGGCGCAAGAUUGGGUCUGGGUCUCAGGGGUGGUUCUGGCUUAAGUGGAGGUUUUUGUCUGGGAGGAGGACUGGGCUUUGGAGCUGGUGGAGGUCUCGGCCUUGGCCUUGGUAGAGGUGCAGGGGCUGGUGCACUGGUUGCCAGUCCUGCUUUCGUAAUGGGUCGUGCCGUUGCUGCAGGAGGACUCGGUGCAAGCGCCGCUCUCGCUGUCGGUCCAUCAUCAGGUGCUGCUGUGGCCCCGAUACGGUCAAGAGCGGCUGAGAAGAACACACUCUCUGGGCUGAAUGACCGUUUUUCCACAUACAUGGCCAAAGUACGGGGGCUACAGCAGGAGAACGCAGCUCUGGAGGCCAAGCUGUCCCAACUGACGGGGGCGGAUGUGUCUCAAGAGUCAUCUUUGAAUGCGACGAUAGAGUAUGAGGCCCAGCUGAGUGAGUAUCACAGCACAUUGGAAACUCUCACUAUUGACACCAUCAAACUGGAGAUUGAGCUGGACAAUGUCUGUGGAACUGCCCAUGAACUGAAGGCUAAGCUUGACUUUGAGCAAGGAGUGAAGUUUCAGCUUGAGUCUGAUAUUGCUGCCAUGAAAAAGGACAUAGAAUUGGCCUCUGACUUAAGAAUUGAUCUGGAUGCCAAAUACUCCAGCCUGAAAAAUGAACUGGACUUUGUCAACAAAACACAAGAAGAGGAACUGUCAUCUUUGCAAUCUAAACUGGGUGCAACAACAAUGGACACUUCAGUCUCAAUGAUUGAAGUAGACACCGGGAAGUCCUUUGACAUCUCUGCAGCUCUUAACAAGAUACGAAUGGUAUAUGAGAAAUCUGUGCAGCAACACAGAGAAGAGGCUGAGGUGUAUUACAAACUCAAGAUGGAUGAAAUUCAGACAGCCAAUGCCAAAAACACAGAGGCCGUGUCAUCGACUAAAGCUGAGACCACAACAGCCAGGAAAGAGCUGCAGAUGCUGAAUUUAGAGCUUCAAGGGCUUGUGGCGGCAAACAUGACUCAAGAGAUUAGUUUAGCAGAAGCCCAGGCCCAGUCCAGUGUGGGUGUUGCUGAGUACCAGGCACAGAUCGCUAGCCUCUCAUCAGCCAUAGAAGUGGCUAAAGCAGACCUUCACAAACAGAUCCUGGCCUACCAAGAGCUGCUGGACAUCAAACUCACCCUGGAUGUUGAGAUCUCCACCUACAGAAAAUUGCUGGAAGGAGAUGACUUCAAGAUGACUUAAGAACUGCUUUUAGACAUCAGUCAUCUCUGAUGCAGAUGAUACUGAAUCCUCUUGAAUGCUGGGAGGUGUCCAGUCAAUGCAGUCUCGGUGAAUGCAGACCCCAGCCCAAAUGUGUGGAACCCCAUCCUUGUUUCUCCAAUAAAGCUGCAUUUUGGAUGA